GAACUUCAUGAAUGCUAGAUCUACACUGUCCAUCACUGACGACAAGAAACCUAUCAAGUGGACUAGAGGUCAGGCACAGUCUUCUGUACAAGAAGAUGGAAGCUCGUGUGGAGUGUUUGUAUUAAUGAAUGCAGAAGCUAUACUCUCGAAUGUUCCACCAACGCUUAUGAGGCAGUGCCAUGUACAUAAUUACAGACAGCAUGCACUUCAGCGCCUGCUUAAGACGUCAACAUCCAGUAAAGAAAAGAUCAGAAGAUGUGACCUUUCAUUUUGUGUAGACCCAGUGAAAUCCAAGCAUAAGAUGACCCAAUGUCCCACAUGCGAAAGAUGGAGUCACAAAGUUUGUCUGGGUCUGGAUGAGGAGCAAGCAGUAAAGACUUGCAUCUUCUGUUCCUAGAUGCUAAUAUGUUAUGUUAGCAGUUCCAGUCAAGCAAACGAACAAUUUGAUUUGAUAAAGGAGUAUAAGUUUGUUAUAAUCAUGUGACUUUUUGAUGACAAUAGGUGAUAUAUGGUGAUCUUAUUUAUUUUUUGGUCACA